CGUUGCUCUAGGAGGUGAAGCUCAACUCACUCACGAGCUUCAGAAUGAAGCAGGUGUCCAACAUGGGGAACACGAGCAACGGAUCUCUCACUACUCUCCUCCUUCUCUUCACCAUUUCGGCAGCUAUCUUUACAGGAGCUGCUCAGUUCCCAGUCCAAAGCCAGAACCUCGUAACAGACAACGUUUCAGUGGUGGAAGGGGAGACAGCCACAAUCAGCUGUCGAGUCAAAAACAAUGACGACUCCGUCAUCCAGCUGCUCAACCCCAACAGACAGACCAUCUACUUCAGAGACGUCAGGCCCCUGAAAGAUGCUCGAUUCCAGCUGGUCAACUUCUCAGACAAUGAGCUGCGUGUGGCGCUAUCCAACGUGUCUCUCUCAGAUGAGGGUCGAUACGUGUGUCAGCUCUAUACAGACCCCCCACAGGAAGCCUACGCCGACAUCACUGUGCUAGUCCCACCAGGAAACCCAAUCAUAGAGUCCCGCGAGGAGAUCGUAAGCGAGGGCAACGAGACAGAGAUGAGCUGCACCUCCAUGGGCAGCAAACCUGCCGCAGCCAUCAGAUGGAUGAAAGGAGACAAAGAGCUACAGGGGAAGUCUAAUGUGGAGCUCACGUAUGACAGGAUGUACACUGUGACAAGUUUGCUGAGGUUUACCGUCACAAGAGAGGAUGACGGGGUUCCUGUUGUCUGCAUUGUGGACCAUCCAGCAGUCAAAGACUUCCAGGCCCAGAUGUACUUAGAAGUACAAUAUAAACCUGAGGUGAAGAUCGUGGUGGAGUUUCCAGCAGGCCUUACUAGGGAGGGCGAGAAUCUGGAACUGACAUGCCGAACUAAAGGCAAACCAGAGCCUCAGCAGGUGAACUGGGUCAAGGUGGAUGACGACGUGCCCUUACACGCAGUCAUCACCGGCUCAGAUCUCUUCAUUGAGAACCUCAACAAGUCCUACAACGGCACUUACCGAUGUGUGGCUUCCAACUCGGUGGGCGAAUCGUAUGAUGACUACAUCCUUUAUGUGUACGAUGCCCCUACCACAACCCCUAAACCCACAACCACAACCACCACCACCACCACCACCAUCUCUGCCACUACUCCCCCUCCAGACAUCAUACAAGAAGCUGCGCCCAGCACUGAAGCCGCAGCUCACGACUCACGAGCAGGAACAGAAGCACAGAGAUCGGUGGACCAUGCAGUUAUUGGAGGAGUGGUGGCCGUUGUGGUCUUUGCCAUGUUGUGUCUUCUCAUUGUUUUGGGGCGAUACUUCGCAAGACACAAAGGCACCUACUUCACACACGAAGCCAAGGGAGCGGACGACGCUGCGGACGCCGACACAGCCAUCAUCAAUGCCGAGGGGGGGCACAACAACUCGGACGAGAAGAAAGAGUACUACAUCUGAGUCCAGAUGCCUCUGUUGCUGAUUUUUUUCAUCAUUUGGCGGGUGGAAGGGAGGGUGGGACAUGGGGCAUUUGAGAUGAGGAAGUGUUUUUUGUUUAUCUAUUUGUUUGAUUUUUCCUGGGGAUUGAAUGAUGUAGAAUGCUACCCGGGCAGCUGAGAAGAUGUAGGUAUUUGUGUUACACAGGUCAGGGGUGGGUUGUUUGGAGGGUGGGCGUGCUACCAGAUGUUGCCAGAAAUUAGCGUAGAAAGCGUCACCACAAAGCACUUCCCCAACUUCUGGUACUUUUCUUCAUUUUUCAACCAUUUGCAGAAAAUUCUGUGCCUUGUUCUGAAUUUCUUUUCCUAGUCAUGCUUUAAACCUUCUCUAUCAUGCCACACCACCUAAGCCCCCCUCCCUAAACACGUACACACACAUUCCUGUCUUUAAUUAUCAACCUCCUGUUGGCUUUUCUAUGUAGGUACAUGAGGGCAAGCGUAUAUGGCACCUCCCGACACUGUGGACAUUUCUUUCCUCUCCAUCAAAAUGUCAUAUCCUCUGUACUAUGAGCAGGCCUAAUCACAUGACAGCAUUUUAAUUUUCUCGAACCUAAAGAUAGCUCCAGGACACACAGCAUCUUAUGCCUUUAGCAUCGCAUGGAAAGUUCCUCCCUUCCUUCCUACCCGUCCCCCAACAGUCUGAUGAGACCGGUAAAGAAUUGAUCCUGAACACUGCACCUGUUUUCAUUCUGACAGGCUGCAUCUGCACUGCUGCAGAAUGCUUUUAUCCUCUGUUUACUUCAUUAGUUUUUUUCUAAAUUAUAUGUGCCAGUACAUUUAAAGCAUCACUGAUGUUCAGAAUAAGCAUAGGUGCAGACAAAUGAUUCAGUUGACUUGCAACGAUGCACUUACAUAGUCUUAUUGUCCCGUUCUGCCCAGCUGAAAGCCCUAGCAGGUAUUUAUUGUUUUGGUAUAAUGAUGUCUUUGAUAGGCAUUUUCAUCCAGACAUUUUUCUCAAAUCACUGAAAAAAAAAAGGUGUAAAUGCUGUGGCUUAUGUUUGUUAGUUUAUCUUUGUCUUUAUCUGUCAUUUUCCCAGGCUGGUGAAAGUGUUCCUUGAGCACACAUAAAUGACUACCUAAAAUUGUGUCAAAGCAAGCUGUUUUAAAUUUUAAAGUCUGGUUUCAACAGGCUCUAGGGUGUAAAGAUGGAAAAGGAUUUGAUUAUAAUAACGUUACUACCUUAAAAUGCAUUUUAACAGCCAAAAAACAUCUCCAUAUGUGUAUCUCAAUUGUAGGCAAGUCAGUGAGGAUGUGACAUUGAUGUUAAGCAGUCCAACAAGUGUGUAAUGGCAUAUGAUUGCCUGUCAAGUUAAUUGCCUGUUUCUUCUUCCUCGGAGGAAACUGUGGCAAUUGCAGCUAGCUUAUCCUAGUGGUAUUAGUGUUUGAAUAUAAACUGCCCAAUAUCAAAGACUCCAUGGUGCAAAAUACAAACAAACCACUACACAGAAAUAACUUUGACUUGAAGUGUAAACAGUCUGCGUUUUAUUGUUUAUAAUUGCUGUGAGUUGCUCCUCCGGGUUCCUGUUUAUAAUCGUUUUGGGCUUGAAAUGAGGUUAGUUUAAAUUUGAGAGAGUGUCCCUGAAGCAGACACUCCUCUAUUACCAAUAAAUAAAAAGAAUUGCAAAAGCUUUUAAUAACAUUCCAAAUAUUUUAGGAAAAUUACUGUCUAUGAUGUAAUUAGCUAUGUGGAUUUGCCCUGCAUUUACAGUCAUCGUCAACACAUGAUGCUAACCAAAAAGCUCUAGCGACACGCUCAAGUAUCCAUGCUGUCUUCGCUCCUGUGAACACAUUAGACAUUUCACUGAAGCCUAGCUACAAAUGUAGACUAGGAACUGCACCCAUUAAGGUUACAUUAUGUAAGUGUGGCUAAAAUGUCUUAACUAAUUUUCCUAAAGAGAAUUAUUUCAUUUAAUUUUCUCAUUACUCUCUCUCUCUCUGUGUAGUGUAAAUGAAUUUAGAUGCCAUAGAUUAGGCACCAACCUCUGUGUAAAUAGAACUAUGAGGUUAAGGGGGGAAAACACUGUUGUUUGCAUUAUUUUCUUAUUUAAAACAGGGAACAUCCACUGAGACAUUUUAGAGUAUGUGCAUUAUCCAUAUGAAACACUUUCAAUGCAUUUUUUUUUUAAUAAUUUUUUUUACGUAGAAUACCAAUCAGAGGGAAUGUCUUGCAGCUUGAUGGUAACUGUUGCAGUUGAGAUAUACAGUUGUGUGGCUUGUGCUUAACUAGUGAGCAUCAUUUAGCUUUGGUCUGGCAGCUUCUGAACAAGAAUUCAGAUAUCUCUUCUCUUUUGCAUAUGUGAGAGACAUGACAUCAGUAUACUAAUUUGUGGUAUUUAGACUGGACUGAUAUACAUUUUGUUGAACUUGUUAUGUUAGACCUGUUUUAAACGUGAUCGUGGUUUUAAAUAGUAACCACCCGAAUAGCAUUUUGAGGACUUUAAGACAGAUUUGGUGAGAACACACGGUUACGCUAGUGAUUUUGAAGCAUCUAUUUUGUUGUCUGUCUCUUGUACAGCAAGUUGAAAAAGGUUUAAUUGAAAGUGUCCAAAUAUAACUGCUUGUUUUCGAGAUGUGAAUUAGGUUUAAUUUGUUUUUUUCGUUUUCUUUCUGUUGUUUUGUUUUGAAUGCCCCUUGUUUAAAAGUGCAACAGUGUUACUGAUGUAAUUUCAUUUGUUUUAUUUGAACUUGACACAGUUUCGUUUCAGCCCUGUCUCAGGUUCAUAUACAAUUGAAGGUCUGUUUGCAUCUCAGGUAGAAUGCAAAGUUACGGCCCCCGAUUAAGGAAGCAAAUCGAGUUGGAUCUCAAAACAAACAUUGAAUUUUGCAUUUGGACUCCAUACAUGUAUUAUGCAUUUUAUUUUUGUUUAUUUGGUGCACUGUACAACAUGUGUACAUAAUGUAAACACUAUAUUGAGUAUUACGGUACCUUUUAAUGCCUACUUCACAUACUGUAGAAAGAACAGGAAAGUGCAAACACAGUUAACAAGUUGACAUGUUUCUCAUUUUGAUUCCAGAUGGGUUGGAAUUCUUGAAAGUUCUGAAGGUUUAUCACUCACUGUAUUUAGGUUGGUUAUUUUGUCUUUCUGCUGUACUUGGGCAAUGUUACUGUGUAUUAAUGAAGAAAAAUGAUAUCCACAUUCCCAUACACAUUUUGUAUUCAUUCAUAUUAGACAUUUUUACAAAAUAAAAAUUAAAAUGGAGAGUUCUUGUCUUAAUAAAAAGAAAAGAUAUUAAUGU